UCUGAAUGUCCUUGAGUGGCCCAGCCAGAGCCCGGACUUGAACCCGAUCGAACAUCUCUGGAGAGACCUGAAGAUAGCUGUGCAGCGACGCUCCCCAUCCAUCACGUAAUAACCCAGCACCAACAACCAAACCUCGCUAUAUUUACAGAAAACAACACAACUAUUGACCCCAGUGCCUGCAACCCAGCAAUUAGGUCAUCCAAACAACCCAACAUUUUGUUGAGUGUAACUUGCAAGAAGCCUUGACCUGUUUGGUGCACAUUAUUGCUGUACUUAAAUUAUCAAGAUAAGCUAGCUACUUGUUUUAAAGCAAUGAAAGAUCUAAUUGUUAGAAAAAUGAAUGUAUAUGCUACAUUUAUGAGAAUAAUACAUACAUUUACCUACCUUAUCAAUCUCGAAGACGAUAUACUAAUUUAUCACUCAAAAAAAGCGUUACGAGGGAGCGCAUCACAAACAUCUUUCUAGGGUGUCAAGUGUGGACACUUGAAACUCUCGACCCGCUCCACUGCAGCCCCGUCUAUGUUAUUGGGGGCCUCUUCGGCCCUCCUUUUCCUGUAGGCCACGAUCAUCUCUUUUGUCUUGCUCACAUUGAGGGAGAGUUCACCGGUUUUCCAAAAAUUCUGUUUGAAGGAUGCCGGAUUUCCUGAUUAUUCUAUCUUAAUUCCGGGACCGUCACAUCCUCAACUGGGAUUUUGGGAAAACCAGGGAAUUUAAUUCAUAAGUUCCAGUAAUUUUGCAACCCUAGUUGCGCCAUUGUUCUGACACAAUUUAACCAUAUGAAUCAGUCCGAGACGGGCGCGAAUAUGAUUGGUGUCUUAUACACCAUGAAAACCUUUUUAUUUUAUUGUUUUACUUGUUGCCAAUUGUGCAACUCUUGUUCCUGAAUGUAUUUAGUUACUUAGUUGUUCCUCAAACUUGAACUCAAUAUAUGCAAUUUCCUGCGAAAUGCCUCGUUUCUCACUCCGUCAUCUGAUUGGCCGAGUUGGCGGCUUCUGACUUUGUGGCUGUGAUAACUAGUGACGACCAGAAGACGGUCAUGACUGGAAGGAAACCAGCGUUUAUCUAAUUAACAUCAAACGCUAACCUUUACCUAAAAUAUCCUAACCUGCUACUCGAGUUAUCCUAACCUGCUGGGUAAAUUCUCCAAAUUUGCUACGAAAAAUCUGAUUCUGAAGUUAAUUAGACAAAAGCUGUUUCCUUCGAGGCAAGACCCCACCAGACAGCUCAGCGCAGACGGCCUGCCGAGAGCUUCAAAGCAACUGCCUGACUGAUUGACAAAUAACACUGCAUCAUAAAUACCUACUCAACAUUAUUUGUAGAUCAGUCAGGGACAAUUGACCCAUGAUACAUUGCGGUUUUAACGCUCUGGCCAAUAAAAUGCUUGCACCAGCUGACAUGGAUUUCAGAGUUUAGCUCAAUUAUUGUGUGGCUGUUUAUUGUAAUGUGGGACAUAUGAGUCAGUCACCUUGCUGUUUUCCUUCACACUGUCAUAGAAUUUCAUAAAACAGACAUAAGAGGUUAGUAAUAAAUAUAUCUGGUCAUACUCUCUCAGAAUACAGCGUGUACUCCAGCCCAGCAGGAGGCGAUGUGACUAGAUGUUUCCUGAUGCUGAACAACAUCACUUUCUCGGAAGAAGUCAGUAGUUUGUUUUAGGUUUUAUUUUUUUUCGGACGUUUGAAGCCACACAGAGACUAAACUGGUUUUGUAUCCCUGCCAUCUGAGGAACAUGGUUAGAGGUCCACCUCAACACUACUACCGUUCUACCACAGUAGAGGGCCACCUCAACACUACUACCAUUCUACCACAGUAGAGGGCCACCUCAACACUACUACCAUUCUACCACAGUAGAGGGCCACCUCAACACUACUACCAUUCUACCACAGUAGAGGGCCACCUCAACACUACUACCACCACCUCAACACUACUACCACCACCUCAACACUACUACCACCACCUCAACACUACUACCACCACCUCAACACUACUACCGUUCUACCACAGUAGAGGGCCACCUCAACACUACUACCACCACCUCAACACUACUACCGUUCUACCACAGUAGAGGGCCACCUCAACACUACUACCGUUCUACCACAGUAGAGGGCCACCUCAACACUACUACCAUUCUACCACAGUAGAGGGCCACCUCAACACUACUACCAUUCUACCACAGUAGAGGGCCACCUCAACACUACUACCACCACCUCAACACUACUACCGUUCUACCACAGUAGAGGGCCACCUCAACACUACUACCACCACCUCAACACUACUACCGUUCUACCACAGUAGAGGGCCACCUCAACACUACUACCACCACCUCAACACUACUACCGUUCUACCACAGUAGAGGGCCACCUCAACACUACUACCUCCACCUCAACACUACUACCGUUCUACCACAGUAGAGGGCCUCUGCUGUGCCAGAGCAACUAAGGAGGACUGAUGCUUCGCUUUAACAAAACAGCGGUUCUGGCCCUCCUCAUCGCUACCAGCUCUGUUUUCCUCCUCUUCCAGCUCUAUCACUACAGACAGCAUGUCUCUCAGAAUGGACCACAUAUGUUUGGAAGGACAGUUCACCUGUCAGGAAAGGACACUCAGUGGCAGGUGUUGAAGAAGUUCAUGGGUCUGGUCCAUAAGUACAACAUGCCAGUGUUCCUGGUGGACACAGCCUCCCUCGGCCUCCUGUCUCAGGACUCUAUGCUGCUGAGAGACAGCCUGGUUAAAGAACCACACUGUGCUUUCCUCUGCACUAACAGAGACGUCCUCACCUUCGCUCUGCUCAACAACCUUUGGAAAUACGACGCUGGUUUGGUGGCAGCGGCUGAAGAGAAGGGCUUUGAACUGUUGGAGGUGCGAGGGAAAGACCCUCGAUUGGUCAGCAUGGACGACCUAUCAGGAAACGACAUACCCCUCCACUUCCUGUUCCGUCUCCAAGGUUACGUGGUCCAUGUGGUGGUCCUGUACGAGCGCAGCGGGAACUACCUGUGGCAUGGCGUCCUGCGACUCAAACCAAACAUGGACAGAAAGUUCGCCCCCUUCAGAAGGCUGGACUAUGGCCGUAACGCCGGAGCCUAUGACAGGCCAGAGCUGGUACUGACCACGGUGGACGGGCUGGAUGUCCGGAUCCCCAGGAACAUCUCUGGAUUCCUGACUGAAUAUUCCCAGGCUCGUUUUCUGGAGUGUAGAUACAGGGAUGCACGCUCCUUCUUCCAGCUGUACCCUGAUGACACGUCUCCUGAGGCAAUGAACUUCAGGAUGAAGGCUAAGGCUCUGCUCCACCUAGCUGCCAGGAUCCUCACUGAGCUCCGAGUCCCCUUCUGGCUAAGUAGUGGUACCUGCCUGGGUUGGUUUCGGCAGUGUGGCAUCAUUCCCUACAGUAAAGAUGUGGACCUGGGCAUCUGGAUUAAAGACUACAGACAUGAUAUCUCUCAAGCUUUUCAAAAGGCUGGCCUUCCGUUGAAGCACAAGUUCGGAAAGGUGGAGGAUAGCCUGGAACUGUCCUUCCAAGGCCUGGAUGUUAAACUGGACAUUUUCUUCUUCUAUGAGGAAACUGACAUUGUGUGGAACGGAGGAACCCAAGCUAAGAGUGGGAAGAAAUUCAAGUAUGUGUUCCCCAAGUUUACUCUCUGCUGGACUGAGCUGAUGGACCUGAAGGUGCGUGUCCCCUGCGAGACUGUAGACUAUGUAUCAGCUAACUAUGGGCCUACCUGGAACACACCUGUAAAGACCUGGGACUGGAAGAGCUCUCCGCCCAACGUGCAGGACAACGGGGUGUGGCCUGUCAGGGAGUGGGUUGAGGUCAUCCAGGUCUAUUGACAUGCUGCUACACUACAUAUGAGUAGACUACAUUGGACUUAAACCACACGGAAGAAAAUGGACUGAAACAGGGAGGGACCGUCGAUCUGGACCUGUCGAUCUGGACCUGUCGAUCUGGACCUGUCGAUCUGGACCUGUCGAUCUGGACCGGUCGAUCUGGACCGGUCGAUCUGGACCGGUCGAUCUGGACCGGUCGAUCUGGACCGGUCGAUCCUGUUUUUGUUCAUUUUUCUACGAUGUGCACUAUGCGACCCUGAGUACACUCUUCCGAAGUACACUACACCUGAAAACCCCACACCAAAGUAGCAACUCUAAAGACUACUACUAAGGGUGUGAGUCUGAGUUGCUGGCUUACCAUUGGCUGCUGGCUUACCAUUGGCUGGUGGCUUACCAUUGGCUGGUGGCUUACCAUUGGCUGGUGGCUUACCAUUGGCUGGUGGCUUACCAUUGGCUGCUGGCUUACCAUUGGCUGGUGGCUUACCAUUGGCUGGUUGGUUGUGAACUGCAGACCACCAAUACUGGCCUCUCUUCCUCCUUUGGACUGAAGCAACUGUCUAUUGAUCUGUAAUGUGUGUUCCUUGUUUGAAAUACUGCAUUACGUUGACAAAAAGAUGUCAUAGACAUUUUAAUAGCUACUGACAUUACUUACUACUGACAUGUUGGGUAGGCCCAGGGUAAGGCCAUAUUACGGCCAUGCUUACUUGAUAUCGGGUUAUUACGGCCUUGGCUACUUGAUAUCGUGUUAUUACGGCCUUGGUUACUUGAUAUCGGGUUAUUACGGCCUUGGUUACUUGAUAUGGGGUUAUUAAGGCCUUGGUUACUUGAUAUCGGGUUAUUAUGGCCUUGGUUACUUGAUAUCGGGUUAUUACGGCCUUGGUUACUUGAUAUGGGGUUAUUACGGCCUUGGUUACUUGAUAUGGGGUUAUUACGGCCUUGGUUACUUGAUAUCUGGUUAUUACGGCCUUGGUUACUUGAUAUGGGGUUAUUACGGCCUUGGUUACUUGAUAUGGGGUUAUUACGGCCUUGGUUACUUGAUAUCUGGUUAUUACGGCCUUGGUUACUUGAUAUGGGGUUAUUACGGCCUUGGUUACUUGAUAUGGGGUUAUUACGGCCUUGGUUACUUGAUAUGGGGUUAUUAAGGCCUUGGUUACUUGAUAUGGGGUUAUUACGGCCUUGGUUACUUGAUAUGGGGUUAUUACGGCCUUGGUUACUUGAUAUGGGGUUAUUACGGCCUUGGUUACUUGAUAUGGGGUUAUUACGGCCUUGGUUACUUGAUAUGGGGUUAUUACGGCCUUGGUUACUUGAUAUGGGGUUAUUAAGGCCUUGGUUACUUGAUAUCGGGUUAUUACGGCCUUGGUUACUUGACGUGCUAGGUGGUGGUGAUGACCACGGACUGAACUUGAUUAUUGUGUGUGUCCCAAAUUGUACCAUAUUUCCUACGUAGUGCACUAUAUUGGGAGUGGACAUUAUGUUCAUAUUUUAUAUAUUUUAUGCCUCUUGUGUUUCAGGAAUCAUUGAUUUGCCGACAAAUCGUAUCUUACUUUCCUUUGUAUUGAGUUUUGUCAUCGUUGUUGAAGGGAACUAUGAUCACGCUAGCCUGAGUUCUAGCCUGAGUUCUAGCCUGAGUUCUAGCCUGAGUUCUAGCCUGAGUUCUAGCCUGAGUUCUAGCCUGAGUUCUAGCCUGAGUGCCAGUCUGUCUGUGCUGUCAUGCCAACUCCUUGUCACUCAUUUAACUUGACAAUGACAGCAUUGGAGUUAUCAAGAGAACAAACUGAUCUGGGACCAGGCUAUGCUCACCAGCUGACAACUCCAUUUUUUUUUUUUAAAUGAUUAAAAGCUUUGACAUGAUGAGACCGGUCAGAAAACAACCCAGACCAGAACUGUAGGCCUGAUCACCGACAACGACGAGACAGCCUAUAGGGAGGAGGUCAGAGACCUGGCAGUGUGGUGCCAGGACAACAACCUCUCCCUCAACGAUGAGACAGCCUAUAGGGGGGAGGUCAAAUA